AUGAGCGAGGUCAGCGAGGAUGGCUCCGGCUCUCCCGUCAGGGCCAAGAGCUCGCCGCAUCUCGACGGCAUCAGCGAACAGAAAGCACCCGAGCCGCCGAAACAGUCCGACUAUGAGAAGAAGAAGGCCAACUUCCUCACGCGCACCUUUUGGACCUUCGUCAUGAUCGCGCUCUUCUUCACAGCCCUAUUCUCGGGCCACAUCUACAUCAUCGCCUGCAUAACUGUCGUGCAGAUCGUAUCUUUCAAGGAGGUCAUCGCCAUCGCGAGCGUCCCGAGUCGCGCGCGACAGCUUCGCCCAACAAAGAGCCUCAACUGGUACUGGCUUGCGAGCACCAUGUACUUCCUAUAUGGCGAGACCGUCAUCUACUACUUCAAGCAUAUCGUGCUGGUCGACCGAGUCCUCCUUCCGCUCGCGACCCACCAUCGGUUCAUCAGCUUCAUCCUAUACGUGAUCGGCUUCGUCUUCUUCGUCGCAAACCUCCAGGCCGGCCACCUCAAGUUUCAGUUCACCAACUUCGCCUGGACACACAUGGCGUUGUACUUGAUCGUCGUGGAGGCCCAUUUCAUCAUGAACAACGUCUUUGAGGGCAUGAUAUGGUUCUUCCUGCCUGCAUCGCUCGUCAUCUGCAACGACAUCUUUGCCUACAUCUGCGGUAUCACGUUUGGGCGUACGCAGUUGAUCAAGCUGUCGCCCAAGAAGACGGUCGAGGGUUUCGUCGGCGCUUGGAUCAUGUCCAUUGUCUGGGGCGUCCUGCUGGCCAACGUUCUCAUGCGGUCCAAGUACUUCAUCUGCCCCGUCAACGAUCUCGGCGCCAGCAUCUUCACCGGUCUCCAAUGCGACCCGAAUCCUGUCUUCCUUAAGCAUACCUACACCCUACCGCAGCUCUUCUUCCUUCCAGAGGGCAUGACCCCAUCCUUCACGACGGAGCCCAUGCAGCUGCACGCUGUCAUAUUGGCCUCGUUUGCCUCGUUGAUCGCGCCUUUCGGUGGUUUCUUUGCUUCCGGUCUAAAGCGUACAUUCAAAAUCAAGGACUUUGGCGAUUCCAUCCCCGGCCACGGCGGCAUGACGGACCGCAUGGACUGCCAGUUUAUCAUGGGCUUCUUCUCCUUUGUCUACUACCAAACCUUUAUCGCGCAACACCAUGUCAACUACGGCAACGUGAUGGAGCUUGCCAUUACCGGGCUAUCGCUGGAAGAGCAGGUGGAGCUGGUGAGGGGGAUGAGCAGGUAUCUAGAAAACCAGGGAGCGUGGAAUCCGGGGGUCCUCGAGUGUCUCGACAAAGCAUUGCCAGCACGUCGGUAG